AAUGAAAAGUACUUAAAUAAGUGAGAACCACAGAAAGUCGAUCUUGACAAAGCAUAAUUCAUGUCGUGAAACACGUGAUCACCUGAGUUGAGUUGAGGCUUUUGAGAUUAAGGGUCUUAUUUAAGCCACCACAUACCAACUUAUCAAAACAUCUUCUUUGUUCUCCCAUUUCUCCUUCAUAUCAUAUUCUGUUAAAACCAUAAUAUGAGGUGUUUUCCUUUGCUUUUCUUAAUUUCAACUAUAGUAGCGGUGACUGCAGUGGCCUCUACUUCCAAUAAUGUAGAGGUUAUUAGCCAAGUGGUAGAAAUCCACCGUCUAAGGCCACAGACUGGCUCUGCUGGUUAUCGCGUCCCACAAUUGGACUGUCUUAGUUGGCGUCUUGCUGUAGAGACUAACAACCUUCAAAAUUGGAAAUUGGUGCCAAGCGCAUGCGAAAACUAUAUAGGUCAUUACAUAUUAGGCAAACAAUAUCGUCAUGACUGUGAGGCUGUGGCCAAUGCCGCUAUUGAGUACGCUAAGAGUCUCAAACUAGGCGGAGACGGAAAGGACGUUUGGGUCUUUGAUAUUGAUGAGACCACUCUCUCUAAUCUUCCUUACUACGCUCGAUCUGAUGUUGCUUUUGGGGCUAUACCUUACAACAAUAGAAAGUUUAAUGCGUGGGUGGCCGAGGGGAAAGCACCUGCCAUUCCUUCGAUACUUGGAGUAUACAAAACAGUGCUGUCUCUUGGAAUCAAGCCAGUUUUCAUAACAGGGACUCGAGAGUCUUUCAAACAAGUAAGGAUCGCCAAUCUCAAGAAAGCUGGUUACAGUAACUGGGCAAAGCUUGCACUAAAGGGAGAUAACGACUCGGCAACAGCAGUGGAGUUUAAAUCAAGCAAGAGAACAGAGCUAGUGAAAGCUGGAUACAGAAUUGUUGGCAACAUUGGAGACCAAUGGAGUGAUCUGAUCGGAGAAAACGUGGGUUCUCGUACUUUUAAAGUCCCUGACCCUAUGUACUACAUUGGUUGAUGUAUCCAAACCCCUGAUAUUUUCUUUCUUGAUUCUCAGUAAUUUUAACUUAAGCAGUUACCUAAUUAACAAAGGGACUAGCUUUCUUUGUUGUGA